AUGUACAUUGCGUGUAUCGUACAGGGCUUCGGCGUCGGCAACUCAUCGUUCUCACUCCCACUGUUCGGAUCUGAGAUGGCCCCGAAGGAGCUGCGCGCGCGUCUGUCCGGUUUGAUGGUGCUGCCCGUCACAUUCGGUCAGUGGCUCGCUAACCUUAUCAACAUCCUCGUCAUGGACGACAGCAACGGCUGGCGUAUUAGUAACGCCGUAUCGAUGAUUCCUCCGGUGAUCGUCAUGUGCGGCAUCUUCUGCGUGCCCGAGAGUCCUCGUUGGACGUAUCAGCAGAAGGGCAGGGAAGAGGCUGAGGCGGUUCUUAAGCGGCUACGACAGACGGACGACGUACGCCAUGAGCUCGAAGCGAUCGGUGACCAGAUUAACCAAGAAGAGACUGGGAACAAAGACAUGGCUGGACUGUGGGAACCCACGGUGCGACGACGUGUGUUCAUCGCCAUGGCGCUACAGCUCGGCCAACAGGUGACUGGUAUCAACCCCAUUAUGACCGGCGUCAACUGCUUGAGUACCACACCUGGUUUGAUUUGGUUGGAUAAGUACGGACGCCGCUAUAUGGCCAUGAUCGGCGCUGUAGGCAUGGUGAUCGGCCACCUGUUCGCUGCUAUUCUCUAUUCCGUGUCUUGGGGCGCUCUACCUUGGAUCUACUGCUCGGAGAUUUUCCCACUCAACGUACGUGCGUCUGCUGUCGGUGUAUUCUUCAUGUUCGCUGGACUCGCACUACUAUGCGGCCUGUUCAUCUACUUCUACUGCCCAGAGACCAAGGGCAUUCGACUUGAGGACAUCGAGACACUCUUCAGCCGCAGUUACCACACGGCUACGUCACCGUCCUACGGCGCGGUCAAGACCCCUGUGGCUGCUACCGACAAGAGCCCAGUCUAA